AUGGCGACUUGCGCCGAAAUCCUGCGGAGCGAGUUCCCCGAGAUUGACGGACAGGUCUUCGACUACGUGACCGGCGUCUUGCACAGCGGCAGCGCGGACUUCGAGUCUGUGGAUGACUUGGUGGAAGCGGUGGGGGAACUGUUGCAAGAAGUGUCCGGGGACAGCAAGGAUGACGCGGGUAUCAGGGCCGUGUGCCAGCGCAUGUACAACACCCUGCGCCUAGCUGAGCCACAGAGCCAAGGAAACAGCCAGGUGUUGCUGGACGCCCCCAUCCAGUUGUCAAAGAUAACGGAGAACUAUGACUGUGGCACCAAACUUCCAGGACUGCUAAAGCGAGAACAGUCCUCGACAGUGAAUGUGAAGAAACUAGAGAAGGCUGAGGCUCGACUGAAGGCUAAGCAGGAGAAGCGCUCAGAGAAAGACACACUCAAGACCAGCAACCCUCUAGUCUUGGAAGAGGCAUCAGCCAGCCAGGCAGGCAGCAGAAAGGAGAAUCGGUUAGAAUCAUCUGGCAAGAACAAAUCCUAUGAUGUGCGAAUUGAGAACUUUGAUGUGUCUUUUGGAGAUAGGGUAUUGCUAACUGGAGCAGAUGUGAACCUGGCGUGGGGCCGCCGCUAUGGGCUGGUGGGGCGGAAUGGGCUGGGGAAAACGACGCUGCUGAAGAUGCUGGCCACCCGGAGCCUACGGGUUCCAGCCCACAUUUCCCUGCUGCACGUAGAGCAGGAGGUUGCUGGAGAUGACACCCCUGCCUUACAGAGUGUGCUGGAGAGUGACACGGUGCGAGAGGAUCUCCUACGUCGGGAGCGUGAGCUCAGUGCCCACAUUGCCUCUGGGAGGGCGGAAGGCUCAGAUGCUGCACAGCUGGCAGAAAUCUAUGCCAAACUGGAGGAGAUUGAGGCUGACAAGGCACCUGCCAGGGCAUCCGUCAUUCUUGCUGGGCUCGGCUUUACCCCUAAAAUGCAGCAGCAGCCCACUCGGGAGUUCUCAGGUGGCUGGAGGAUGAGAUUGGCACUGGCCCGGGCCCUAUUUGCCAGGCCAGAUCUUCUGUUGUUAGAUGAACCCACAAACAUGCUAGAUGUAAGGGCCAUCCUGUGGCUGGAGAAUUAUCUGCAGACGUGGCCCUCCACAAUCCUAGUCGUCUCCCACGACCGCAACUUCCUGAAUGCCAUCGCCACAGACAUCAUCCACCUGCACAGCCAGCGACUGGAUGGUUACCGGGGUGACUUUGAGACCUUCAUCAAGAGCAAGCAGGAGCGGCUGCUUAAUCAGCAACGUGAAUAUGAGGCACAGCAGCAGUAUCGGCAGCACAUCCAGGUUUUCAUUGACCGGUUUCGCUACAACGCCAACAGGGCCUCUCAAGUGCAGAGUAAACUCAAAAUGCUGGAGAAGCUACCGGAGCUGAAACCUGUGGACAAGGAGUCAGAGGUAGUGAUGAAGUUCCCUGAUGGAUUUGAGAAGUUCUCACCACCAAUUCUGCAGCUAGAUGAGGUGGAUUUCUACUAUGAUCCUAACCAUGUCAUCUUCAGUCGUCUCUCCGUCUCUGCUGAUCUUGAGUCCCGCAUCUGUGUGGUUGGGGAGAAUGGAGCUGGGAAGUCUACCAUGCUGAAGCUGCUAAUGGGGGACUUGACACCUGUUCGGGGCAUCAGACAUGCUCACAGGAAUUUGAAGAUUGGCUAUUUCAGCCAGCACCAUGUGGAGCAGCUGGACCUGAAUGUCAGCGCUGUGGAAUUGCUGGCACGGAAGUUUCCCGGGCGGCCCGAGGAGGAGUAUCGUCACCAGCUGGGCCGGUAUGGCAUCUCUGGAGAACUGGCCAUGCGCCCUGUUGCCAGCUUGUCUGGGGGCCAGAAGAGCCGGGUGGCCUUUGCUCAGAUGACAAUGCCCUGCCCCAAUUUCUACAUUCUGGAUGAACCGACAAACCACCUAGACAUGGAGACAAUUGAGGCUCUGGGCCGUGCGCUCAGCAGUUUCAGGGGAGGUGUGAUCCUGGUCUCUCACGAUGAGCGUUUCAUCCGACUGGUGUGUCGGGAGCUGUGGGUGUGUGAAGGAGGCGGUGUCACCCGGGUCGAGGGGGGCUUUGACCAGUACCGCGCCCUCCUCCAGGAACAGUUCCGCCGUGAGGGCUUCCUCUAGGAACAUCAGGCCGAGGACUGUGCCCAGGACGUGGACUGGUCUCUCAGACCCCUGGGCCACCAUGUACGCAACUAACUCCAGGCCGUUGGACUUACCCCAGCUGGGGACAGCCUUAUUCCCAAAUCCUCUCUCCUUUUGAUGGGAGCAUUCUGUGCACAAGCCAGGAGCCCCAUCCAAGGGUCUGUGAGAACUUGUCUCCUAGGGUGAAGGGGUAGGGGGGCCCUCUCAGGUUACAGGUGUCCCUCCUGCCCCAGCUCUGGUUAGGCCCUGCGUGGCUGCUGUGUAAAUUAAAUCUCUCCAUGUAUCUCCCUUGCCUCAUCUCUGCUGCUCCCCAGGCAGGGCUGCAGGGAUUUGCCUACUGUUGAGGGGCAUGCACGCUCUGAUCUGUGUUUUCCUGUGACACUGUGAUCAGUCACAUGGAGGAAGCAGUGAUGGCACCAGCCUUGUCCCUAGGAGGAGACAUUAUCAUGGCUCCUGGGCUUGGAGGUCAUUUGCCUGACCUUGAAGUGGGCUGAGCUGGUGGAGUGGAAGGGCAGUGUAUUGGCAUCAGUGUGAUGCUGUUUGCCCUAGUCUGGGCUCAGCCGCAGCCUAGAGGGUCCUGGGCUCUGCUCUCCCAGCCCCCGCUGCUUGGGUGUUGAACUGAUUCUGCAGCCUCACCUCAAAUACGAUUUCCCAACUGCUUUCUCCAGUGUUCUCCGGCCCAAGCUUAUCUCACUUCUCUGAACUGGACCCUUAGGGCUGAAAAGAAACUAUUUUGGCUCCA